AUGUUUACUCCUUCUCUUCGCCAAAUUUGCUUUAAACGCUCAUUCUCCUUUUCUCCAGCUCGUCUCCGAGAUAUCCAGCGUUUGACGUUUACUGGAAAUCUAGUACGUGAUGCUGAACGUUUACAGUCACAACGUGGUAAUCCCUAUAUGAAAUAUACAGUCGCGUCCAAUAACGGAAAGGAUGUGCCUGCUACGUUUCGUACAGUGUUCUCUUUUGACGACCGCGAAUUUGACCGUAUGGAAACUGUCCUCAAAAAGGGAAACCAAGUCUUUGUAGAGACUAACGCCGUUUAUCGCAAUUCUCCUUCCACUGAAUCUGCAGGCCCCUCUCCUUUAUCCUUAAGUCUUCAACACCUCAACAUUCAAGUCUUAAAGCGUGCUCGCACCGCUGUUGCUGAAGAAGAGCCUGCUGAAAGAGCCACUCCAUUUGAGACUGGACCCCUCCCCAACAGCUUUUAA